GGCAGCCAUGUCGCCUUUGUCUGCGGCGCGGGCGGCCCUGCGGGUGUACGCGGUGGGCGCGGCGGUGGUCGUGGCGCAGCUGCUGCGCCGCCGCCUCCGGGGCUUCGCAGAGCCAGUUUUCCCCCAACAACUCGAGCGUGUUGCUAUAGUGACCGGCGGGACCGAUGGAAUUGGAUAUUCGACAGCCAAGCAUCUGGCCAGACUGGGCAUGCAAGUUAUCAUAGGCGGAAAUAACGAAGGCAAAGCAGAAGAAGCUGUGAGGAGGAUAAAAGAGGAAACCCUCAAUGACAAAGUGGAAUUUCUAUAUUGUGACCUGGCGUCCAUGAGGUCUAUUCAGCAGUUUGUCCAGAGGUUCAAGAUGAAGAAAAUCCCACUCCACGUCCUGGUGAAUAACGCCGGUGUGAUGAUGGUGCCGCAGAGGACCACCCAGGACGGCUUUGAGGAGCACUUCGGCGUGAACUACGUGGGGCACUUCCUGCUGACCAGCCUCCUCCUGGACUCCCUGCGGGAGUCGGGCGCCCCCGGCCGCAGCGCCCGGGUGGUGACCGUGUCCUCGGCCACGCACUACGUCGGGGAGCUGAACUUGGACGACCUUCAGAGCAGCCACGGCUACUCGGCGCACGCGGCCUACGCCCAGAGCAAGCUGGCCCUGGUGCUUUUCACCUACCACCUGCAGGCGCUGCUGGAGGCCACGGGCAGCCCCGUGACCGCCAACGUGGCCGACCCCGGCGUGGUGGACACCGACCUGUACAGACACGUCUUCUGGGGCACACGGCUCUUUAAGAAGCUGUUCGGCCGGUGGUUUUUCAAGACCCCGGAGGAGGGAGCCUGGACCUCCGUCUACGCGGCGGUCGCCCCAGCGCUGGAAGGCCGUGGCGGCUGCUAUCUUUACAACGAGAAAGAGACCAAGUCUCUGGCGGUCACGUACGACCUGGAGCUUCAGCGACAGCUGUGGGCCAGAAGCUGCCAGAUGACAGGCGUCGCCGACGUGACCCAGGGGGCCCUCUGGGGUUAGCC